AUGCGCGUGCUCGGGCGUCUAACGCGAUUGCUGCCCUAUUUCCUACAGUUUAAUGCGAACCGUGCGGGUCGGCCGGACGACGCCGUCGGGGGGUCGCCGUGGGAUAUGCCGAUCCAGAAGGUUUGGCUUUGGUGCAUUGGCAUUCUUUGCGAAAAGCUCUGCCAGACCGAUCUUUUCGUGCAAACCAUCCUUUUCGACCUCAACCACACGCGUGCGGGCGGGGGGGCCGCGAUGGCGUUGGGGGGAGGGGGGGACGCGGAGCUCCAGAGGGCCGCACCGGUGCGCUGCCGAAGCCUGGUUUCCUAUUGGUUUUGCUCCUCCGGCGGCCUUCGUUUGCUCGAGCAGUUGGCCGCCUAUCCCGAGGAGCGCGAUGGCGGGUUCUCGGCGGUGGCGAUGCCGCUGCCGAAUGGGCUCGACAACGCGCCGGCGCAGGUCUUUAAUCGGAGCGCGCUCGAGAUCAUCUGUAGUGUCUACGCAUGGCCGCUUUACACCUUCUCACUCGCGAGUUCUUCGCGUCGGCUGGAGACGGCGGCGGUCUUUGCGAGGCUGGUGGGCUCCUCGGGUCUAAUUCGGCAGCUCUGGAAGCUGUAUGUCCAAAAAUGCGAAGGACUCUCCCACAUUUUAGAGAAUCGCGAUCGACUUGAUAGGUUUUGUGCGGAUAUCGCCGAGACGACCAGCCGGAUUCGCUUGCCGUUCUGGCCCAACCCCCCGCGAGGUCUGUUGGCGAGUGCCCCGCGCAAUGUAUCGCCGAUGGUGUUUUGGGAUCCGACCCCGACCCUGUCGGUGCUGUUUUUCACCUUGUUUUGCUACUACAUCGAUGUCUCCAACUUUGUCGACGAGCUCUCCCGCGCGAUCGUGCUCUCGCAGGCGGAGUGUUGGAUGUUAAUCCUCGCCCUGAAGGAGAUCACCUAUCGUUCGCACUUUUACGGGGUGGUGCCCGGGACCAACAGCGAGGCCGUGGCCCGUAUUGCGUACAAUUGUUUAGUUAAACUGCACAUCGUCAACGAGGCCACCGCGUUCGUGCCGUUUCCGUCGUUGUGGAUUUGUACGACGACCGGGGAGGUGAUGCACAGCCUCAAACGAAUGCCCAUGGAGGCCUGGGAGGAGCUCACCGCGCGGCAUGCCGCCCUUCAGCGCGCGUUGGAGCAAAAAGUCGACAAUUACGCCCUCGGCCCGUCUUUUGGCGGCGAGGCCGAGGGCGAGGGCGGCCUGGACGCGGCCGACAGACCCUCCCCCCCCGAAGAGCCACUUCCGGGCGACCUCGCCGAGCGUCCGCAAGGCCUCCCCGGCGAGGAUUUGCUCUUUCGCCGGAGCUGCGAAUGGGGCGUGGAGGAGCGGUUUGUCUACCUUCUUUUGCACGCGCCGUUUCUCGUUUCCUUCUCCGAGCGCGCGGAGCUGCUGACGGUGCUUUUGCUCAGCCAACAAUUGGAUCGCUUUCCGAUGAUGGGGACGACCUUUGUGGUGCGCCGCGGGCAUGUUUUCAUGGACGCCUUCGACCGCUUCCGAGGCUGCCCCGAAAGCCCGGCGAUGUAUAUGGUGCGCUUCGCCAACGACCACAACGAACUCGAGGAGGGCUACGGGCGGGGGGUGUACCGCGAGUUUAUGGUCUCCCUCUGUUUGGAGGGCUUCGCCGUCGAGUAUGGGCUGUUUCGCCAAACCGACAGCGGGAUGGUCUAUCCGAACCCGUUUAGCCGCGAGGCCACGGGGGACCCUGCGGAUUUGUCCAAAAUCACGUUUUUGGGCGCGAUGGUCGGGCGGUCGCUGUGCGAUGGGAUCCUGCAGGAUGUCCCGUUCGCCCUGCACUUCCGGAAUUCGCUCCUGGGCCGGCGGAACUCGAUGCCGAACCUCAAAAGCUUCGACGAUCAGCUCUAUCGCCAGCUGCGGUCGCUGGCGGAGCUCGGGCCGGCGGAGAUGGAGGCCACGGAGCUGACCUUUGUCUACUCGUUGAAUGCGCUUGGCAUCACGCGCGAGAUCGAACUCAUCGGCGGCGGCGCCGAUAUCCCCGUGACCACCAGCAAUUGCCUUCAUUACAUGCAUCUCGUGGCGGAUUUUAAGCUCAAUCGCGAGGGCUUUCAGCAAACCCGCGCCUUCCAGCUCGGCCUGGAGGCCAUUAUCAAACCGGCCUGGCUCCAGCUCUUUGACAGCAAUGAGCUGCUGAAGUUGUUCUCGGGCGAUGAGUCCGGUAAGAUCGAUAUCGACAACUGGAGGGCGCACACGGUUUACGAGAGGCCGGAGGACGCCGAAAGCGUGCCGGUUCGUAUUUUCUGGAGAGUGGUGGAAUCCCUAACGACUGAACAACAAAGGCGACUUCUAAAGUUUACGACGUCGAUGAAUCGACCGCCUCUGCUUGGGUUUCGCUUUCUUUCGCCACCCUACAAUAUUCAGCUACUUCAGCAGUCAAUGAAGGAUCGACUGCCCUCGGCAUCGACAUGUUUUUCAACAUUGAAGUUACCCCCCUACACCGACUUUGCUACGGCACGACAAAAGAUUGUGGCCGCCCUUGAAGGGACGGCAACUUUUGAAUUAAGCUAA